AUGGCUUCUAAUGUUGUCAAUCGAACUCUGAAAACUCGUUCACGUGUUUUAUCACUUUAUCGUCAAAUAUUCCGUCUAGCUCGAGUAUGGAAUGCUCAGUCAGGUGUGAAAGAAGACUCCAUACGUGAAUCUGAAUAUAUGAAAGAAGAAGCGAGAACACUGUUUCGACAGAAUGCCCACCUUACAGAUGAAGAAGAGAUUGAAAAUCAUAUCAAAGAAGCUGAGUUGAGAAUUGAAUUAACUCUACACUAUGGGACACCAUAUCCUCGACUGAUCAAUAUCCCACCGAAUACAUUAGCUGCACAUAUAGCUAAAUCAUCAUCAUCGUCAUCAUCCGACAAAGCACAAAUGUCACGACGAACUGAACGUGCUCUGCGUAGUUCUAUUCCUUCAUAUUUAAAAUCAUAUACAUAUAAACCUGUUAAGAAAAAAGAAUGA